UGACCCUAAACUCUUCUCAUCAAACUCCUUCAAACUCCGAAGAGAUAAAGAGGAUAUAGAAGAGGGAAGAGUUUCAAACUGAUGCAAAAGCUUUGAAAUUAGAGCGUAUAUACUUUUAGUAAGGGUUAAGCAAAGAGAUCAAAUCUUGAUACGUAAAAGAUGGAGAAUUUAUCUGUUUGUGACGAGAACUCUGAGGAUAGGUUGAAUACCGAUAUUGAAUGCUCUACGCCGGGAGCUGAAUCACUGGAUUAUAGCCGGACAAUCUCUGAGAUCUCAACUUACUCCGAGCAAAGUAGUUCAGAUGAGCCAUUGAAUUUGGGUUGGCCAGUUUCGAAGCUCGCAGCACGAGCUUCGCCGCUUCUUAGAAAGCUUGGAAUGAAGCAGCACAUGACCAAGGUCUUAGGCUUGAAAUCAUGUGAUGGUGAAGCGUCAAAUUCAGAUAUCGAGCUUAUGAGGGAGAGAUUUUCAAAGCUUUUGCUUGGUGAGGAUAUGUCAGGAAGCGGGAAAGGUGUCUGCACUGCUGUAGCAAUCUCAAAUGCCAUUACAAAUCUCUACGCAACAAUUUUUGGGCAGUGCUGGAGAUUGGAGCCCCUGUCACAGGAGAAGAAGGCAAUGUGGAGAAGAGAAAUGGAUUGCCUCUUAUCGGUAUGCGAUUACAUAGUUGAACUCUGCCCCUCUCUCCAAACUUUGCCCGAUGGAACUUCUCUCGAGGUCAUGGAGAGUAGACCCAGAUCAGAUAUCUACAUAAACCUCCCAGCACUUGAAAAACUAGACAUGAUGCUUCUUGAAAUCUUGGAUAGCUUUCAGAGCACAGAGUUUUGGUAUGUAGAUGAAGGGAACCAGUCCCCGAGCCCUAGAAUCUCAAGCUCGUUCAGACGAGUGAUUCAUCGAAAUAACGAGAAGUGGUGGCUGCCUAUUCCAUGUGUUCCAGAUUACGGCCUCAACGAGAAAUCACGAAAGGAUUUGCAAAAGAAGCGCGAGUGCGCGAGUCAGAUUCACAAGGCUGCAAUGGCUAUCAACGCCAGCAUUCUUGCUGAAAUGUCCAUCCCAGAUUCAUAUCUUGCUUCACUUCCAAAGAGUGGAAGAAUGAGCAUAGGAGAUUCGAUAUAUCGCUACAUGUCCACUACAGACAAGUUUUCACCAGAAUAUAUUCUCGAUUGCCUCGAUAUAACUUCAGAACACGAAGCGCUUGAGCUUGCUGAUCGUGUUGAGGCUGCGGUAUAUGUAUGGAGACGGAAAGCAAACAUGAACAAUCCAAAAUCAUCAUGGGAUAUUGUCAAGGAUCUAAUGGCUGAUGGGGAUAAAAAUGUAACUCUUGCUAGCAGAGCCGAGAGCCUGCUGCUGUGCUUGAAGCAACGAUAUCCUGGUUUGUCGCAAACAACGUUGGAUUCUUCUAAAAUUCAGUACAAUAGGGACGUAGGGCAAGCAAUACUGGAGAGCUACUCAAGGGUGCUUGAGAGUUUAGCAUUCAGCAUUGUUUCUUGGAUAAAUGAUGUGCUUUACAUCGACGGAUCUGUAAAAAAACAAUGAACAGCAACUACUGUGUGGACUGACUGGAGAAGUUAGAUUUUUGAUAAUCAUGUAACAGAAAAUAGAAGAAAAUUGUAUUAUUGACCCAAGAUUCUUCCUUUUUUGAUGACAA